CUCAAACUAGUUAUUAAGGCACUUAAAGUUAUACGAUCUUGGCUUUAACUAGCUUUUAAUUACUGAAAACAGGCACAAGUGAUUCUACUGGAAACUUCUUUAAAAUGUCGAACAUAUUCGGUUUGGUGGUGCUGCUCAGUGUGAUGGGUCUUGUGCAGUCUAUUUCCGUGAAGACUCCACAGAAAUCCUUGAACGUGACAGUGGGAGGAAGCGGGUUGCUCCAGUGCUCCUUCACGACAAGCUCACCCACCAACAAACUCAGCAUCGAGUGGACUUUUGUUUCCAAGUCUGCAGGGACUGCCCACGCGGUGUAUUAUUACCAGGCGGAAGCCGAGGUCAUUUCCAAGCCGUAUUUGAGCCGCCUUACACCUCCUGCUUACCCUAACACCACCAUGAACGCCUCGAUAACAAUCAGCAACAUGCAGGUGGCAGACAGCGGGGUGUACAGCUGUGACGUCCACAACCUUCCGGACAUCGAGGGGAACAGUGAGGCGAGUGUUGCUGUGACCGUUUUAGAGAGGCCCACAAAGCCCUUCUGUGCUGUCCAUGGAGAUGUGGAGUCUGGUCACCUGGUCACUCUAACGUGUCACAGCGAGAAAGGAAGCCCCGCCCCCAUCUACGCCUGGACCAGACUGGGCCAGGACCAGACCAGGAGAGCUGCCCUGGGAAGCGCCAGCAUCCAAACUGGAGUGAUGUACAUCCGUAACCUGUCUCAGUUUGAGUUUGGAGAAUACCAGUGCAACGCCAGUAACGCUUUGGGCUUUGCCACCUGUAAACUAGAACUGGUACAUGAGGUAGGGGAAGGGGCCAUCAUUGGGGCGGUUAUCGGGGCCCUGCUGGGCUGUGUUCUCAUCGCGCUGCUCGUUUGGUUCGUCACCCACAACAUGAAGAAGAACAAGUACAGGGCGGCCAAGACGACUGAAGCUAACGAGAUGAAAGCCUCGCGAGCUGAGCCCACCAGGGGGAGCCCCCAUCAGACGUCCGUAACCUCGAGAGGGGUCACCAUGGAAACUCCGACCCCACGGGAAGAGAAUGUGGAGGCUUGAGAGAGCCGAGCACGCUGACGUUGCGGCGACGUCACUGCUCUGAGCAACAAACACCAUGAAGCGUCCUCGUCCGUUUGUCUGUUUGUGAGGGUUUGUGACAAAGCAUGUAAAACAUAGACACCAUAGUUUAUACACUAUAGGUACGUAUAAGCUAGUUAGCUUUUUACAUUUUCUUCGUGUUUUGAUAUGUUUAAAAAAAGCUAUUCUGAUCACUCUUUUUUUUUUAAGAAAAACAUUUUUGAACUUUAAAAAUCUUAAAAAAUCUUUGAACUCUGUGUCUUGAAUACCAAUCCUAAAAUGUAAGAGAACACUAAACUGUGAUUUAAUCCAAAUUACUUCCAUGUUCAUUUUUCGUCAUUCAGACCACAAUUACCCAGGCUUUUAAA